CGAACCCUUCUUCCAUCCACAGCCCGUCGCCGUCGCUGGGGAGGAAGCGGAGCGAUGUCGUCGUCGGCGGCGGCGCAGAGGCUGCCGCGGUCGGAGGCGCGGGUGCUGUCGGGGCACGAAGGCGCCGUGCUGGCGGUGCGGUUCAACCGGGACGGCAACUACUGCCUGAGCUGCGGCAAGGACCGGAUCCUCCGCCUCUGGAACCCGCACACCGGCGCGCUCGUCAAGGAGUACAAGUCCCACGGCCGCGAGGUCCGCGACGUCCACUCCUCCUCGGACAACGGCAAGCUGGUUUCGUGCGGCGGGGACAGGCAGGUCUUCUACUGGGACGUCGCCUCCGCCCGCCCCAUCCGCAAGUUCCGCGGCCACAACAGUGAGAUCAAUUCCGUGAAGUUUAAUGAGUUCAACACAGUUGUAGUCUCAGCUGGUUAUGACCGCACAGUGCGUGCAUUUGAUUGUAGGUCACAGAACAGCGAUCCAAUCCAGACAAUUGAUACAUUCCAAGAUAGUGUAAUGUCAGUUAAUUUAACCAACACAGAAAUAAUUGCUGGCAGUGUUGAUGGUACUAUCCGCACAUUUGACAUUCGCAUGGGUAGGGAGACUGUCGACAACUUGGGGCAUCCUGUCAACUGUGUAUCUUUGUCAAAUGACCGCAAUUGCCUAUUAGCUAACUGUUUAGAUUCUACUGUGAGGCUUCUAGACAAGUCCUCUGGGGAACUUCUACAAGAGUACAAAGGGCAUAUAUGCAAGUCCUUCAAGAUGGAUUGCUGCCUGACCAAUGAUGAUGCAUUUGUUGUUGGUGGAUCUGAGGAUGGUUUCAUUUUCUUCUGGGAGUUAGUGGAUGCACCUGUUGUUGCAAGCUUUCGAGCUCAUAGCUCUGUGGUCACUAGCGUCAGUUAUCACCCAACUAGGGCUUGCAUGUUAACAUCAUCUGUUGAUGGCACUGUUCGCGUUUGGACCUAAAAGCUGGAAUUGCUGACAUGUUGGGUCCAUACCCUGAUUUGCGAUGUUACUUAUAUGGCAAUCUCCAAAUCAUCAACGUUUGACAUAUCGAGGACCGAAAAGGAUAUGAUGUACCACUCAAGUUCAACCUGCUGGGGUUUGUGCAUACCAAAUAGCUGUACGUACGUUAAAAGAGAAGAGUGUGCUCAGUGCUCUGCUGUUUUUUAGUAGUUCCUGGACGCGCUGAAAGGCUGCUUCUGCUAGAGCUGAGGAUGAACUCAUCCACAGCUAGUAAAUUCCCCGGCAUGUGCAUAAGUUUUGAGAACGUUGUUGUUAAGACGUUUUGCUGUCACAGCUAGCUAGUUGAAUGCUAGUAUGUCCGUUUCAAAAUA